UCGGCGGGAAAAUAAAACUGAAGAAAUAAAUGUCAAGUAGUAACGGGCGGAAGACAUGUAAUUUUAUUUACUCUCCGACACUAAUUUUCACCAGAUAACUAUUAAGUCCGCGAGCAACAUGAGUAAAUAUGGGAAAAACUUUAUCCUAUGUGGUGAGAUUGAGCAUUAUUGCUUACUAUGUCAAGAAAUAUUUCAUAGCAUUCCAGAUGUUGAAAAACAUAUUCGUUGGGAGAAGCACAGAAAGAACUUUAAAAAUCAAGUAUAUUUCCCGAAAUUUAAAAAUGACUUCAUUUACAAGAUCGGAGAUAAAUUUUAUUGCGAAAUAUGCAAUCUUGUAACUUCUAAUUUUACUGCUAUCAAAGAACACAUCAAUAGUGAGGGCCAUAAAGGUCAGAAAAAUAAUCCAAAAAGUGCAACAAAUAACUUUAAGGGCCAAUAUGAUUCUGGUGCUGUUGUCCUCAGUAACAUAACUAUAGGCAAAGUUGUGUGGAAUUCUAUUGUGGACAAGAAAUGCCUUGUUUGCAGUGAAGAAGUAAAAAAUGUUGACCAACACAUGGCCGCUGAAGAGCAUAUACUGAACUUGAUCCGGUCUAAAGUUGAAUGCAUGGAUGAGUCUUAUUUCAGAAAGAUUAAUGAACAUAUGUUCCACUGCUUCACUUGUAACAAAGUUUUCACCUCUGUAGACUUUCAUGGUCAUUGGCCAAACUGUAAAAAUGGUGAUGAAAUAAAAAAAGAUCAAUCAGAACUCCUCAAAAAUGCUCACACCAUAUUUGAUGUAUUAGGUAAUGUGGAUGCCAUGAAGGAAAUAAGGGAACAGCUUAUUGGCCCACUACAAAGCUUUUUCUGGAUUGAUACUAAAAACAACUUGGCAACAUGCAAAACUUGUAGAUUGACUGUGGCCAAUGAUUUUGGCACUUUUUUACAACACAUAGAAAAUCAUGUGUCAGAAGAAGAUCAAGCAGAGGAUGAUUCUGAUUCUGAUAAAUCAUAUGUUAAAGAGUCAACUUUUAAAGAGUCAACUGGUAAAGAGUCCAAGUAUAUGACGUUAAUAGAUAACGGGAAACGUAGGUCGGAGCUGGCUAAAUAUGGAAAACUUAACAACAUUAAGCUCAAUCACAAUGGCAGCAAAGGAUGGUGUUUUUUGUGUGACAGAUAUCUUUCGGCCCAUAUAAACAUUUUUAAACAGCAUGUUGAAGGCGCACUCCACAGAGGAAACUUAGAAUUAAAAGGUCUCAUAAGUCCUAAGCCACAUGCUCCCAGAAAAUUUAGAUCAAAAAAUAUUUUCAAGUGCAUUCUGUAUUAUUGUCCUGAUAUAAAUGAGUUAUAUAUUAAUGAAAAGUACAAUAUCAAUGUUUUGAGCUUUUUUCUGCUACGCCGAAUAGAAAAUGAUCCUCAUUUCGAGAAGACUAAAUGUUACGCAUGUUCAGAGUUAUUCCCUCAAGUUCAGGAGCGUAAACAUUGUGAGACUCAAACACACAAAAAAAACUUUCUAGCUGCUACAGUAUUGCAAGAAGACAACUCAGAAUUUAUCAGAGAAAUAAGACCAAAUUACUUUCACUGUGGAUUUUGUAAUGUGACAUUUCCUUUUAUGGAAGCCAUAGUCAAGCACACAACCAGUCUUGGUCAUCGGAUGUUUAAGAUAGAGUGCAUACGUGGGCGUUACCGAGCUUUGAAAAUUAACACCAAACAUGAAGAUGUUUAUAUGAAGGUUUUACUGCAUGGUUUUGAGUUUGAUCCUACAGAGGCCUGAAUAUAAAUUGUUGGAAUUAUUCAUAAGUCUGUAUGUAUACCAUUACUUUUUAGCCCAAGAUCCCAGGACCCAAGCUAACAGUAACUACUACUACUAGUGAACUUACCACUAUGCACACUAAUACUAUCCUUUGUCCAUCAGAAAAUAAGUAAGGUCUGGGGGACCUGGGAUCUUGAUUUGUUUUUGCUUUUUUAACUUGCUUCCUUUUGUUCACUUAGUUUUUUGUUAUAAAAAUCUAGAAAUUGUUUUGAACAAAACAAUUUUGAUUUAUAUAUUGUGUGAUGGCAAAUAAAAAUUAUAUUUUGUUGAAGACUUUUUGGCUAGGCUUUGCCAUUGUGAGAGGACAAGGUCCUCCAUAUGUUUGUUUAAUUAUUUUUCUUAACUGCUAAAAAAUAAGCAGAACUGUGAUUAUUAAAACAAAGUUUGGAUAAAAAUA